AUGGCGCGUUUUGCUUCAAUGUCGACCACGCAGGAGACAAUGACGAUUGGGACACCGUUGUACACCAACAACGGUCCUGUGGAGCUUCUUCCCAAUCCUGACUUCGUGUUUCCACUACCCGCGUCGUCACCAUCCAUUACCGAUCCUGUCCCCGUCGCAAACCGUAGACCACAUUCCUUGCAGCCACCAGCAACCGCCAGGCGCGGAUUCAGUCACAACAGAGGGAAGUCGGCAAAUUUACUGCCGACCUUCUCCUUCAAUCCUGCUGGCGAUACGGCCACCGUGUCAGCGGCCACUACGCCUCUCGCAUCUAUACCUACUACGCCCACUUCACCAUCGUGUAUGAAUAUUAGUCAUAGACGAGGAGGAAGUGAGUUUAUUGGUGGCGAUGGCAGGGCAGGACUUGGUUUGAUGAGCACAAGUCCGACAAAAGGCGAUGGUAUCCUGCCAACGCCCAUCGGUGGACUCAAAUCAGGCCCUCCUGCCGGACGCCGAGGCCAUGCCCAUCGACGAUCAGGAGCCAUCUCUAGCCAUGAUCUUAGCAGCAUAAUGAUACCUGGCCAUGCUCAUACACCAACAAAUGGUGGAAGCGCGCCUCCGACUCCUUUGGAGAGUGACCCGAGCUCAUGGGAUAAAUCACAAAUUAACAAGGCAGUGUCCCAGCCAGUCCCACAAUCAACUUCUACGGAUGAAACUUCAUCGCCAGUAGACGAUCCAGAGUCAUCGCCUCGGAGACCUCCUUCCAGGGCACGCGUUGGUUUCUCUGACAGAGUGGAGUACAUUAGGCCAUUAUCCACCAUCUCUUCAGAGACAGAAAGCUCAAUGUCUACAAUACGUGGUCAUUCUGUGACCAACAGUCUGUCAUCUAUUGCGAGCACUAGUGCUCCAAGCCCGCCUAGCCGCAGGCACCGACCAACCCUCGGUGCUUCGCCAGAAUCCGAAGCCGCCCUUGUACGCCCAAAGACGGCUGGUGCUGUUCUAGAUCUCAAGCAGGGAACUUUUGGCUUUGGUGGAGGACUCCAAGGCCGCAAGCGCCCUGUAUCAGUCUUGCUACCACAAUCUCCUGACUCACCAUUAUCUAUGACAAGUCCAUCACCCGGUACGCCCAAAAGGCGCAGUUUUUUUCAUCUCUCUUCGAAAACAUUGGACAACCACGAACUUGUCACGAGCUGCUCUGAUCCCUCGCUUCCCGCAGUCAGUCUUGAGACUCCGCCUGCUUCGCCCACAAAAGACUCAGCAAACGGUUUGUCGGAAGGGGACGACGAAAAAAUCCAAGCCAUAAAGCCGAAAACAUCUCGGAAGCCACGCAAGGUAAAGUCAUGGGCGAAUUCGAUUAUCAGAAAGUCCAAACCACAGUCGCGCUUGAAGGAUGGCUCUCACGAUGAUAUACCUCCAGUGCCGGCCUUGCCCGACUUUAUACCCGAGAUGACCCCGGAUUUUGAUGCGGACAAUACUGUCACGAUUGUCUCGCCCAUGGAGAUCGAGACCGCUCAGCCCAGGACACAGACGGAUUAUGCGACAUGGAAACCGAAGCACAUAGCGCCUGAGACCGAUGCUCGAAGCCCAAUCAUCGAUCUCGAUCUUGCGUUCGGACCAUUUGAGGCUGAAAAUCGUUGGGGCGUGAGCGCUCGUGGACAACGCCGGGCUUUACACAGCGCCACCUUCUUGAAUGGACUGCAGCAAAACCAUCGCCGCACCGAAAGUGCACCAGCUCUUGUACCCUUCGAAGCCCGAAGUACGGUUAUCGCUACGAAUGUCAUGGCCGAUGUCUUUGAGGAAGAAGAACCAGAGGAAGAAGCGAGUAUCACCUCAGCAUCUGAGAGAGACGUAGGUGAAGGUAUCAAUAAGCAGGUUGGAGCAGUCGAUGCCAAGGAGCCCAUGGACGAGGAAGAUGUCAGAGGUGUCGGAAUUCAGCUUGUGGAAUCGGAUAUGGCGACUGGUUCGGCCAUCAAAUGGAAUUUCGAUGACGGCCUCCGCAUACAGAAACCUGCGAUCGACGAGCCAUCACCGGUAUUAGAGACACACUCCUCGCUGUUGCCAAGCCUGUCUCGAUUGCCUGGUAAUCCGAACUAUGGUGCGGUCGAAGUGGUUGAGGAUCACGAAGAGCCAAGAACCUCGUCACUCACCCACUCCUCUGAGUCUACGAUCACUCCUACUGAGCUUGACCCAAAGCAACGCCAUCCACAAAUGAAUCUUUUACUUCCUCUUCCAGAUCCCCCACUCCGCACGCCCGAUACAUUUGUCACGAACUCUUCGUUCUCUUCGCCGAAUUACAAUCGCAGUCAGUCUUCUCUCGACACUCCCAGGCUUGGAACUGCAGCAUCAUCCAUUACGGACAACCGAACACUCAAUUCACAAUUCGGAGAGCCAGGCCCAGAGCUGCGAAUGUCGGUGGAUGAUGCACCUUCUCUCACGAGUAGCAGCAGGUCAACCGGACAUUUCGGCACAUUGCAACGCGAAUCCAACUCACGGGCCUACUCAAUCUCUUCGACACAUAGUAGCGGCUCGGAUCAACGACGGGCUAAGCGAUCUAGUAUUGCAAGUCUUUCCCGCCUGAUAGAGCGAAGCUCGGGGUUCGGAGAGCGAAGUAAAUUAAACAUCGAGCAACGACCUCAAUCCGCGCACAUGGAUCUCAAGGACAAGGAAACGAAGACCAAGAAAACACCGAUACGACGUCUUAGCAGAUACAUGACGCAUCUUUGGAGGGCGAAAGAUGCACCUCAAUUCAUGAAACCAUGA